AUGAGUGGAUUCCGUGUGUUGUCGCUUGUGCGACCCUUCAUGUCGGUGUUGCCGGAAAUUUCGGCACCCGAGCGCAAGGUGCCGUUCCAGCAGCGCAUCAUGUGGACCGCAAUUGUGCUGGCCAUUUACCUCGUUUCUUCGCAGAUUCCCCUGUACGGUAUCAUGUCCAGCGAUAGCUCGGAUCCGCUGUUCUGGAUGCGUGUGAUUCUCGCGUCAAACCGUGGUACGCUGAUGGAACUCGGUAUUUCGCCUAUUGUCACGUCUGGCAUGAUCAUCCAGCUGCUUGCCAGCGCCAACCUCGUCCAGGUCGACUUUAGCGUGCGCGAGGACCGCGCGCUUUACGGUGGUGCCCAAAAGCUGUUUGCCCUGAUCCUCUCGCUUGGUCAAGCCACCGUGUACGUGCUCACGGGUCUCUACGGUCCGCCCAGCGAGCUGGGCGCGGGCGUGUGCUUGCUGCUCAUCCUGCAACUGGUUGUGGCUGGUUUGAUUGUGAUUUUGCUUGACGAGCUUCUCCAAAAGGGCUACGGUCUAGGUUCAGGUAUUUCGUUGUUCAUCGCUACGAACAUUUGUGAGACGAUCAUCUGGAAGGCCUUCUCGCCCACGACCGUGAACACGGGCCGUGGACCCGAGUUCGAGGGCGCGAUUGUGGCCCUUUUCCAUCUCCUGUUCACCUGGAACAACAAGUCGCGCGCACUCAAGGAGGCCUUUUACCGCGAGCGCCUGCCGAACGUGUCGAACCUGGUGGCCACACUCGUCGUGUUCCUGAUCGUCAUUUACCUGCAGGGCUUCCGCAUUGAAAUCCCAAUUAAGUCCACCAAGUUCCGUGGCCAACAAGGUACCUUCCCUGUGAAGUUGUUCUACACGAGCAACAUGCCCAUCAUGCUGGUCAGUGCAUUGACGUCGAACUUUUUCAUCAUUAGCCAAAUGCUGGCGACACGCUUCCCGUCUAGCCUGCUGGUCAAGCUGCUGGGCACCUGGAACCCGAUGGAGGACAGCCCCCAGCUCCACGCCGUGGGUGGUAUUGCCUACUACCUCUCGCCGCCCACGAGCCUGGGUGCCUUGUUCCGCGAUCCUGUGCACGCACUCAUCUACAUCGCCUUCACGCUCACCUUCUGCGCAGUCUUCUCCAAGAUCUGGAUUGAAGUCUCGGGUAGUGGCCCGCGUGAGGUCGCCAAGCAGCUCAAGGACAGCCAGAUGGUCAUUGUUGGUCAUCGCGAUGCCAGCAUGUACAAGGAGCUCAAGCGCAUUAUCCCUACGGCUGCUGCGUUUGGUGGUGCUCUGAUUGGCGCGCUCUCCGUGGUGGCAGACCUCUCAGGCGCCCUUGGCUCCGGAACCGGUAUCCUUCUUGCCGUGACGAUCAUCUACUCCUACUUUGAGAUGGGUAUGAAAGAGUCGAUGGGCAUUGAUGCUGGCCCUCUCGCCGACCUGGUCGGCUAG